CACACAUUUCAUAAAAUCCAGCAAUAAUGACCAUAACUAUUCUUGCUCCAGCUCCGGCUGUCCCGUAUCACACCACGGAUGUGUCAGAUGAUGAAGACCAUGAAGAUGGCGGAGUUGAUUUGGAGGGUGAUUCCAGCAUGCGACCUGCGAAGCGUGCUCGACGCAGCUCUGCGAAAGACCUCGUCACUCCUGGAGAGACAGUCACCGAUGAUCCUCAAUGGAUGAGAGGCCAUGGUACAUAUAUUGCCCCUGCAAGCACGGAGAUCAUUGCGACAGUAGCAGGCACAGUCCAGAAGACCAACAAACUUCUCUCUGUUCGACCACUUCGCGCACGAUACACACCCGAGAUUGGUGAUCUGGUCGUAGGACGUAUCAUCGAAGUCCAACCCAAACGGUGGCGAGUGGAUGUUGGAGCUCCGCACUUGGCUGGCCUGCCUCUCUCAGCUAUCAAUCUACCUGGUGGUAUUCUACGAAAGAGAACAGAGACGGAUGAACUACAAAUCAGAACUUUCUUCUCAGAAGGAGAUUUGUUGGUGGCCGAAGUGCAAUCUCUACAUCAGGAUGGAAGCGCUACUUUGCAUACCCGCAGUCUGAAGUAUGGCAAGUUAAGGAAUGGAGUCUUCAUGAGUGUGAGCGGAACUGGCGGAAGAGGAGGUGUGGUUAGGUCGAGAAGACAAGUAUGGACUAUUGAUACGAUACGGGGUGGAGGGAAGGUCGAUGUCAUUCUCGGAGUCAAUGGGUAUAUUUGGAUCAGCACACAUAUUGAAGUUGAAGAAGGCGACACGGCUAUUACGAGGAUAGAAGAGAGUAUCAGCAGUACGGUCUACUCGAGCCAGAAUGACGAGAUAUCACCGGAAACCAGGAGAGAAAUUGCGAGGAUACGAGGGGUCAUUAAUUUGUUGGUGGAAGAAGGCCUUAAUGUUGAUGAAGAUAUGGUUAUGAAGGCCUAUGAAGCUGCUACUCUCGUCGAGGAAGAUGAUGCGAGCGAGAACAUUGUAUACUUGGGAGGAGAGAUGGGCAAGAGAGUCGUGUUGAUGUUGGGUGGACCAUAGCCAGGGUUUGCCUCGAAAAAUGCACACGAGUCAUGCAAAGAUGAGGCGGUUCCAUCAAAGCUGCACUACUGCAGAAGAGUUGAAGAUUUGAAGCUCUAUGUCGAGGUUCCGCCGCCUCGGCAUAUAUGAGAGCAAGGGUUGGCGGACGUCUGGUGCCAAAAAGGCUGUGGUGCUGAAUCUGAGUCGAUCAGAUGCUAUCAUGCUGUUCAAUAGUUGUCCUGCUGCGUCAAGGGCAUUUAAUCGCGCCAAUGUUCUCGAGCGACAAUUUGGAUUUCUUCUGGUUGCUGUGAUUGAUAAUCCGUGUACAGGAAGUUUCUGUCCGUACGGUGCAUUGC